AUGAAGGCUUCACAGAGUAGACAGAAAAGUUAUCAUGAUAAGCGAAGGAAGGAGUUAGAAUUUGAAUCAGGUGACCAUGUGUUUCUAAGAGUCACGCCUGUGACUGGUGUUGGUCGUGCCCUGAAGUCAAAGAAGCUGACUCCACGAUUUAUCGGCCCUUAUCAGAUUUCAGAGAGGGUUGGUACUGUCGCUUAUAGGGUGGCGUUGCCGCCUAACCUUUCAAAUCUGCAUGAUGUGUUUCAUGUGUCGCAACUUCGGAAGUAUGUCCCGGACCUAUCUCACGUGAUUCACAUGGAUGAUGUGCAAGUGAGAGAGAAUCUUACAGUAGAGACGAUGCCGAUUCGGAUCACGGAUCGUGAGAUAAAGUCCCUUAGAGGUAAAGAUAUCCCGUUGGUGAAAGUAGUAUGGACGGGGACUACCGGAGAAAGCAUGACGUGGGAAAUGGAGAGCAAGAUGCGGGACUCCUGUCCCGAGUUGUUUGAACGAGGCUUAUGCCUUGUUAUUGCCUCUAAUAUAAUGGCAUCUGUUGAGGGCUUAUGCUCUGUUGGUACCACAUGCAUGUAG